AUGGAUCAGCGAGGGACUCAGGGCUCCAGUUCCCCUGGCACUACUCCGGCCCAGCCCCUGGCCCUACUCCGGCCCAGCCCCUGGCCCUACUCCGGCCCAGCUCCGGCCCAGCCCCUGGCCCUACUCCGGCCCAGCCCCUGGCCCUACUCCGGCCCAGCCCCUGGCCCUACUCCGGCCCAGCUCCGGCCCAGCCCCUGGCCCUACUCCAGCCCAGCCCGUGGCCCUACUCCGGCCCAGCCCCUGGCCCUACUCCUGCCCAGCCCCUGGCCCUACUCCGGCCCAGCCCCUGGCCCUGCUCCGGCCAAGGACCUGGCCCUACUCAGGCCCUACUCUAGCCCAGCACGUGGCCCUACUCCGGCCCAGCCCCUGGCCCUACUCCGGCCCAGCUCCGGCCCAGCCCCUGGCCCUACUCCGGCCCAGCCCCUGGCCCUACUCCGGCCCAGCUCCGGCCCAGCCCCUGGCACUACUCCGGCCCAGCCCCUGGCCCUACUCCGGCCCAGCCCCUGGCCCUACUCCGGCCCAGCUCCGGCCCAGCCCCUGGCCCUACUCCGGCCCAGCCCGUGGCCCUACUCCGGCCCAGCCCCUGGCCCUACUCCUGCCCAGCCCCUGGCCCUGCUCCGGCCAAGCCCCUGGCCCUACUCAGGCCCUACUCCGGCCCAGCACGUGGCCCUACUCCGGCCCAGCCCCUGGCCCUACUCCGGCCCAGCUCCGGCCCAGCCCCUGGCCCUACUCCAGCCCAGCCCGUGGCCCUACUCCGGCCCAGCCCCUGGCCCUACUCCUGCCCAGCCCCUGGCCCUACUCCUGCCCAGCCCCUGGCCCUACUCCGGCCCAGCCCCUGGCCCUGCUCCGGCCAAACCCCUGGCCCUACUCAGGCCCUACUCCGGCCCAGCACGUGGCCCUACUCCGGCCCAGCCCCUGGCCCAGCUCCGGCCCAGCCCCUGGCCCUACUCCGGCCCAGCCCCUGGCCCUACUCCGGCCCAGCCCCUGGCCCUACUCCGGCCCAGCUCCGGCCCAGCCCCUGGCCCUACUCCGGCCCAGCCCGUGGCCCUACUCCGGCCCAGCCCCUGGCCCUACUCCUGCCCAGCCCCUGGCCCUACUCCGGCCCAGCCCCUGGCCCUGCUCCGGCCAAGCCCCUGGCCCUACUCAGGCCCUACUCCGGCCCAGCACGUGGCCCUACUCCGGCCCAGCCCCUGGCCCAGCUCCGGCCCAGCCCCUGGCCCAGCUCCGGCCCAGCCCCUGGCCCUACUCCGGCCCAGCCCCUGGCCCUACUCCAGCCCAGCUCCGGCCCAGCCCCUGGCCCUACUCCGGCCCAGCCCGUGGCCCUACUCCGGCCCAGCCCCUGGCCCUACUCAGGCCCUACUCUGGCCCAGCCCCUGGCACUACUCCGGCCCAGCCCCUGGCCCUGCUCCGGCCAAGCCCCUGGCCCUACUCAGGCCCUACUCUGGCCCAGCACGUGGCCCUGCUCCGGCCCAGCCCCUGGCCCUGCUCCGGCCCAGCCCCUGGCCCUGCUCCGGCCCAGCCCCUGGCCCUGCUCCGGCCCAGCCCCUGGCCCUACUCUGGCCCAGCUCCGGCCUACAUGUGGAUGUACCACUGGAUGUAGCCCACAGUCCUGGCGCAGUCCUGGCGACAGCAGCAAGGCCCCCAGCCCACAGUCCUGGCGUCAGCAGCAAGGCCCCCAGCCCACAGUCCUGGCGCAGUCCUGGCGUCAGCAGCAAGGCCCCCAGCCCACAGUCCUGGCGCAGUCCUGGCGUCAGCAGCAAGGCCCCCAGUCCUUCUGAAGACGAAGAAAGCCUGGUGGCUAUAUGUGACUGA